CAAACUAGAGAAAUAUCUCUUCUUCACUUCUCUUUUUCGGCUCCACCUUUCGCUUCUUCUGCUUUGUUUGCUCUUCUCUGAGCUUCUAUAGCCCAUUGGAGGUCAGAUGCUGGAGGUUUUUUUGCCCUCGAAUCCUUCCUUCUUGAUUGAAAUCUAUACCCCUCUAGCCUUCGUCUCUGAUCUGGCUUUUGUUUGGUUCUUCCGAGGAUCAGUCUUUUAGCCACCAAAUCCCCCUCUUUCUGCAGCCAGAGUUUCCAAAAUCCGAUUUUUUUAAUGUUUUCUUCCUCUGUUUUCUCUCAAAUCUAUUAGAUUUUGAGGAAUGAGAUAUCAGGGACCUCUGAAGGAGAGAGAGUAGUUUCAUCUUAGCUUCUAUGAUUGUUUGAAUUUCUUCUAUUUGUAAAUUUUGGAUUGAUGGGUAGAGGCAGAGGAAAGGGGAAGAAAUUAACAGUAGUAACAAGUCACGAGGAUCCAGGGAGUGGUGGUGAAGAAGUGCUUCCUGCAUAUAAGAGGAGGGGAAGGCCACAAAAGCCUUUAAAAGAUGACAUAGAUGAAGAGGAAACUGAGAAGAUUGAAGAAGAAGAAGAAGGAGAUGAUGUGAAACCUUCUGCCUUGACCAAAGAUACCAAAAGCUCAGCAGUUGGCAAUGGGAAGAAGAGGAGGAGGUUUCCACAAGUAAAAGAAAACUCCGGUUCAGUCCUGGAGGAAAACAGUACUGGCGUGAGAUCCAACAAUGAGGAGUCGACAAGGUCUAACGGUUUUCGGCCAAAUGGAAGCCGGCGAAAGAGCAAGCCUCGACGGGCUGCUGAAGCAGGAGUUGAAUGCAAGUGAGAUUUGCAACAGUAGGUUUUUGGGUUUUCCAUCAUCCCAUUGCCAGAUAUAUCAUGCCUCUCAGAGUCCUCAGUGGUUUACCUUUUCUUUUCCAUGUUCUUUUCUAUUUCACUUUUUAUCUCAUUUUGUCCAUGAAUGAACUGAAUGGGAGGUCAGGGUCUGAAUAUACUGUUUUAAAUUUUCCUUGACACCAUAAAACUGAUACAAGGUAUUUGCUUUAGCUCAAAUGCAAUUUCUCUGUACUGCAGAAUUAUAAGCAUGAAGUUUUCUUA